AUGCCGGCGGCCGCCUGCAGCUUCGAGAGGGCAUCCGCGAGGUGCGUCGCACUGCGGCAGGCUUCGCUGGGGGAGCUGGUGGCCGCGAGGGAGGGGCUGCAGUCGCGAGUCGCUGCGAUGUCCAGGCGCGCCUACGUGGUGCGCAUGCUGGCGGACGACCGGAAGCGGCAGGCCCUGGAGCUGUCGCGCUGGACCGCCUUCGGCAUCAUGGGCCAGGUCUCCGAGAAGUACUUCGGCUGCGGCUGCGACUGCAGCGGCAGAGACCGCCGGGAGGUCAUCGAUGCGAACGCAGGCCCGGGCCACGAGCGGGAUGGCUGCUUUCCAGAGCCCUUGAUGACGCACAUGCUGCUGACUCCCCCACCCAGCGCUCGGGGAAGCCCCCCACCGAGCGCUCGGGGAAGCACCGCACACAGCACUCGGGGAAGCUCCCCACCCAGUGCCAGAGGAAGCCCACCCGGAGUCCAGGGAAGCACCCCGCCGAGCGCUUGGAAAAGCGCCCCCCCAGGCGCUCGGGGGAGCCCCCCACCAAGCGCUCGGGGAAGCCCUCCCAGGGCCCAGGGAAGCAAUGCAGCUCAGAAGUUGAGCCUGUACGCUAUGGAUUGA